GGAACUUGGGGGGGCUGCGGUUUUGGGUAGCCCCCCGAUGCCCAACGCCUGCUGCAACCGCCCGUACCGGCCCUACGCCACCCCUCAGGGACCCCCCCAGCUCAGGACGCUCCGAUCGGCCUCUGCGGGACGGCUGCCGGCUAAGCGCAAACUGGACCUGGAGGGCCCUGAGCUCCACACACCGAAGGGGAAGGGCAGGACUCUGGUACAGGUGCCCAGCCCCAGGACCCCCAAGUCCCCGGGUGAGAAGACACGCUAUGACACCUCGCUGGGGCUGCUCACCAAGAAGUUCACCCUCCUGCUGAGCGAGUCACCCGAUGGAGUGCUGGACCUCAACCGCGCCGCUGAGCUCCUGGAGGUGCAGAAACGCCGCAUCUACGACAUCACCAACGUCCUGGAGGGCAUCCAGCUCAUCCGCAAGAAGUCCAAGAACCACAUCCAGUGGAUGGGGACGGGGAUCUUUGAGGAUGCGGCGGUGGCAGCCAGGCAGCAGGUGCUGCGUGGGGAGGUGGCUGAGCUGGGCAGAGCAGAGAAGGCUCUGGACCAGGUCCUGCAGGAGUGCAGCCUGCGGCUGCGGCAGCUGACGGAUGAUGGAGCCAACCAGAGGCUGGCGUACGUCACCUACCAGGACCUCCGUGCCAUCAGCAGCUUCCAGGAGCAGACAGUGAUUGCUGUGAAAGCCCCCCCGGAGACACAGCUGGAAGUGCCUGACCUCAGCGAGGACAACCUGCAGCUGCACCUGAAGAGCACCAAUGGUCCCAUUGAGGUCUACCUGUGCCCAGAGGAGAUCCUGGAGGACAGCCCUACCAAGGACCACGACGUCCCCUCCAGCCCUGUGCUGCGGGACAGCAGCACCCAGCCCUCCUUUCAGAACAGCCCAGAGCCCCCCAUAUCCCUACAGCCGCCCGAAGGCCACCGUGCCCCAUCCUUAUCCCCGUCCCCUCCCCUCUCCAGCCCUGCAGAGCCCCACUCACUGCUGGAGGUGGGCGCAGGGCUGCUGGACUCCCCCCAUCACCUCUUGCAGCAGACAGAGGACCAGCUGCCCUGCGCCCCUUCCUAUCUGGACUCGGUGCCCUUCAUCCCCUUCUCACCCCCCCUGGAGCAGGAUGAAUACCUCUGGGGGCUGGAGGGUGGCGAGGGAGUCAGUGACCUCUUUGAGGCCUAUGACCUGAGUGAGCUGCUGCAGGACUGAGCCUCCUCCGUUCCCAACUGCUCCAUCCCUGUCCCCACGGCUGGGGAAGGGGCACAGUGCCUCGGGUGGCUUUGCUGGGGGGAACUGGGGGUCUCCACCCCAACUGCCCCAUGGGCUGCUGGCAGACCUUUGGGUGCUUGGAUACCGCAGGCCUUUGGGUACGGGGUUGGGGGCACCCACCUAGCAGUAAUGGGGCCCCUGCCAG